CACCUGCAUCGCAUUUCCUCGUCCCCAGCUCCCUUUUUGCGUCUUCAUGACCUCAACACCACACUCCUCCCGCCUCCUGCCAGGUUGCAGGCCCGCCCCGAAUACGCGCACGCCACCAUUCUGAGUGCCUCCUGCUGCUGCCGAGACCAGCUCGCUUCUGACGACGAACCUCCAAGGGACUUGCUCGCUGCCGGCAUCCACUGCCGCAGCCCCAGAACACCCCCAGGCAGUAGUAGUGCUGCCAUCCACGACAGUCAGGUCGUGCGCCUCCACAACACUGCACAACGACAACGAACCUACACAGCGAUGGAACACUUGAACUCUGCGUCCUUUCACAUGCAGGGCAUGGCCCCGCCGCCGCUUCUCAACCAGCCGCCCCAGAUCUUUGGGGGCUACGGCCACGAGAGCAUGCCCAUGCUGCCACCGGAUAUUGCAGCGCAGCUCGGCUUCGACCCCUCACUCUUUGACGAUGUCAACGAUCCCAAGAGGAGAAGGAUUGCGAGGGCCUGCGACAUGUGUCGCAAGAAGAAGAUCAAGUGUGACGGCAAGAUGCCUUCAUGUACUCACUGUAUCAAUUACAAGACGGAAUGUGUCUUCACACAGGUGGAAAAGAAGAGGACGCCUCCAAAAGGUGCCAAGUAUAUCGAAGGUAUAGAAAACAGGCUUCAGCGCAUGGAAAACAUCCUGCGAUUGUCAGGCCUUCUCGAGGAUGAGGAUGGUGAAAUCGACCUGGCUACUUUGGAGAAGCGGCUCGAGGAGAAACAUGGCCAUACGCGGCAGGAGUCGCAUCUUACGACAGACUCGCAUACUCCUUCAAGAACGCCGUCCUUGCACGACAGCAAUGCCAUCACGCCACAGAGUACUUUGGCAUCGCCAGAGCACACUGCCGAGCAUGAGCAGAGCCGGAGAAACUCGGUCCAGCCCAUCAAGAAGGAGUCCGCAGAGAGCGUGGAGGCCUUGUCAGAGAUGAUGUGUUCGCUGGUAACAAACAAUGCUGGCGAAACUAGAUAUAUAGGAUCAUCCUCUGGCUUUUCCAUAUUCUCACCGAAGGGAAUCCAAUGGGUGAACGAGCGCACAGGCGAUUGCUCCUUCCAAGAAAUGAUCUCGGAAGUCUCUAUCGACGAUCACAAAUGGACCCAUUGGAAGCCAGAUGUCUUUGCCGACCUCUUCCGGCGGCCGGUUUAUCGCCCGCUGCCUCCCAAGGCAGAAGCAGUGUCACUCCUCACAGACUUUUUCGAGAACUUCAACUGCAUCUUUCCCCUUUUCCACCAACCAACUUUCAUGCAUCUUGUCGAAAGACAAUACUCGAGUGACCCAUACCAAGGAUCUGGGUGGUGGGCCAGUCUCAACUGUGCCUUGGCCAUUGCGCAUCGUCUUCGUGUGAUGAGCAAUCUUGUGCCGAAAGAGGACGACGACAAAGCUUGGGCGUAUUUGAAGAACGCCAUGGGAGUGUUCGCGGAACUGACGAUGCGGAACGGCGACCUGCUGUCCGUCCAGGCCCUCCUGGGCAUGGCCCUGUUCAUGCAAGGCACUCCGAAUCCGCAGCCGUCCUUCGUGCUCAUCGCCGCUGCGAUUCGACUCUCACACAGUAUCGGUCUCCACAAGAAAGGCAGCGGUUUCAAUUUGAACCCCAUCGAGACAGAGCAGCGGAAGCGAGUCUACUGGAUUGCGUAUCUGCUCGACAAGGACCUAUGUCUCAGGUCUGGGAGACCACCAGCACAAGACGACGACGAUACGAAUGUCGAUCUCCCCGAUGCUGACCCUGCCGACAACAUUGGCAAUAUCCCUCUCGCCGAUGGCAAAGGCAAGAUGAACAUUUUCCGCACCAUGUGCGAAAUGACUGUAAUCGAGAGCAAGGUCUACAGAAGACUUUACUCUGCUAAAGCGACUAAGCUGUCUGAAGGCGAGAUUCUGCAGACAAUCAGCGAGCUCGACAAGGAACUGGAAGACUGGAAAGACAGCAUACCCAUCGACUUUCGACCGGAACACGAGAUCAAGGCUUCGCAUACACCUCUGAUGCUCCACGUGGUGAUGCUGCAUCUAUCAUACUACAAUGCAUUGACCACCAUCCAUCGGAUGACGGUACAUCGUGGCUAUUUCACGAGCCGGCUCUCCGAAUACGCGCUCAAAGGCAUGAACUCGAGACCAUUGAGCCCCCGCAUUUUCGCAUCGGCAGCACUGUGCGCGUCCGCAGCUCGUGCUUCUAUAUCCCUCUUGAAAUACAUCCCACAGGCUGACUGUCAGGUAGUGUGGCUUGUCCUCUAUUUCCCCGUCACUGCCCUUGUGACCUUAUUCGGCAAUGUCCUCCAGAACCCACUAGACCCGCGGGCCAGAUCCGACACCAAGCUUAUGAAUGUGGUCGUUACUUUCUUGGCCACUCUUGGGCAGGAGGCAGAGACCGGCGGCGUCCACCGUAUGCUGGCAGUGUGCUCCGAGUUUGAGCGUAUUGCAAAAGUUGUCAUUGACAAGGCCGAAAAGGAACAAGCUGCAAAGAAGAAACGCAAGAACCACAGUCAGCUUGAUCCGCCUCCAGGUACAACAACGACGACGCAAAGUCCGGCGGCCAAGGUGACGACGCCUAAGCCGAGCACAGAAUACAACUCUGACUCUGGCAGGGAGUUCCGGUCCUCAUUGUCGCCUCGUUUCAAUGGCAAAGCUAAUGCCGAGCUCAACCGGGGUAGUCCAGCAGCGAGCGUGGGUACAGCGGUCAGCCACGAUCCAUCACACCAAGAGAGCCCUGGACAGUGGAUCGAGCCGUUCAACGAGAGCGACAUGCCGGACUUUGCAAACUUCUCAGAUCUCACAGGUUUUGGCCAGCCAAUGCCCACCAUCCCGCCAUUUUCAAACCCGAUGAUGGGCAAUCCGCAACAACCAAUCCUACCGCAGGACAUCUGGCAGGUGCCCAGCAUGGCGCUAGACUGGGACUGGGCGGAGAAGUUUGGCGGAGCAUAUCCUGGCUUCGAAAAUGGCUCCACGAUGCGCUAAAAAGUGGUGUAACCCACCUGUUGCGGCAAAGAAUUCACUUCUGUGACAAUGGCCUCUUGUUGUCACGCUCUUACGUUUUUAUCUUUUUCUAAUCUCUGCAAUGAUUGACGGCCGUCGCUUUGGUUUGGAUACGGCUUGGUGGCCGAGAAAGCGCAUAUACACUGCUGCGAUUUGUAUACAAGGAUAGAAUUCAUCCGUAACAAAUAUUGUUUUUGGUCUUUUG